AUGUCAACUAUAAUUCAAGAAAAUGAUGAUCAUUUCACAGAUGAACCUUCAACGAAACGUACAAAAUAUUUAUUUGAAACUUCGUCAUCAAAUAAUGAAGAAGGAUUUAAUCAGAAUGCAUCUUUCAAUUCGUUGAUCGAAGAAAACUUUAUAAAAUUACGUUCAACAAAUAUUUUAUCAAGUGUGUCACCAUAUUUAGGUACAGAUAAUGCAUCGAUUAAUAAUAUGAGUAGUUCUUCUGAUUUAAAUAUACCACAAUGUGAUCAUGGGAAUGAAUUCGCACUUUCAAAAUCGCAUUCAUCUAGUUGUCACUUAUCCUCUACAAAUAUCCAAUCAGUAUCUUUACGUGGCAAUCUUGAUUCUUAUUCUUCAAUUGCUCUGAAUAAACCUCCUAAUUCUCAACAACAACUACAUCAGUACCCACAUUAUCAACAUUCGGAACAGUUGGAAAAUCUAUGCACCGAAAUGUCGAACCCAACUAGUGAUAAAUUAUUGCAUGUAUUAUCAACUUCAUCUUCAACAUCUUCGUUUACUCAUAAAGAUGAUUUAAAUUGUCCCGGUACUUCUAAUGACGUUAUUAAAACAAGCGAACUACCGGCGGCAAAAAGUACUUGUUCAAAUAUCCAACAAUUUAUAUCUAAUGGAAAUUACAUCACCACUGCUAGUAAUAAUAACUCAUUAUUGUUAAUGAAUAAUGAAUCCUUCAAUAAUUCAUCUAAUCAUCUAUCUAUAAGUGAAGAAAGUGAUGUUAAUACACCAUCAAUAUUCGGUCAGUAUCAGUCGCUAAUAACAACAACAAAUACUACUGCUACUACUACAACCAAAAAAGCAUUCACAGCAAUAUCAAAUGUAACUACAAGAAGUGACAAUGAAAUUGAAUUACUGAAUUCAAAUGGUUGCAAUGUCGAUUUGAUGCCAAAUUUUACAGAAUCUAAUGAAAAUAAUCACAAUUCCCCUAAAUCUAUUAAUAAUACAUUGAAUUUAUUAGAAAUUUCCAAUUCAUCAUACCCUAUAACAACUAAUCAUAUUAAAGAUUCUUAUUUUCCAUCUAUGCUUAUUCAUGAUAAUUUAUUAUCGGAAGAAAAUCAAUAUUCUAUCAAUGAACAAUCAUGGAUCAUUUCUGAAAAUAUCAAUAAUCAAAAUUAUUUUAAUACACAAGAUCAAAAUAAUAAUCAUAAUAAUCAACAAUUUUAUUUACCAUUCAAUGAUCAUUAUAUACAAUAUCAACAGAAUACAUAUAACCAUUAUGAAAUGAUUAAUUCUACAAAGAAUAAUAUAUUACAACAAGAAAAAGAAGAACCAAUAGCAUGUUCAUUAAAUUCAACAUUAUUAUCAAAUUUAUAUAAUAAUAAUAAUAAUAAUAAUAAUAAUAAUAAUAAUGACAAUUAUAUACAAACAAAAAUAAUGAACUCUAUGAGAUUAAAUUCAAUAAAUGAAGCAUUACAUAUUUCAAAUCAACCACAACAUCAACAUUCCAAUUUACAACAUCAACAGCUGAAUAUAAAUCAUAAAGAUUUAGAUAAAUCAGAUGAUAAAUUUACAAGAAUAUUUAUAUGGGAUUUAGAUGAGACAUUAAUUAUAUUUCAUACUCUUCUUACUGGUUAUUAUGCGCAUAGAUAUGGCAAGGAUCCGGCAGUAGCUGGUAGCUAUGGUUUACGAAUGGAAGAGUUAAUUUACAAUUUGGCCGAUACAUAUUUAUUUUUCAAUGAACUUGAAGAAUGUGAUCAAGUUCAUAUUGAUGAUAUACGUGGAGAUGAUAAUUAUCAAGAUUUAAUGAAUUAUCGUUCAGACAAUGAAGCAUAUGGAGAAAAUUCUUCAACAAUAUCACAAUCGAUUAUUUUAUCAUCAUCAUCGUCAACAACAGCAACAACAACAACAACGGUACAUGCUCCGAUGACAUCUUCAUUAGAAACUUCAUCACCCAUAAAUGGGAGUAUGCUGUCACCACCACCAAUAUCCUCAGUAGCACCAUUAACAAAUAUGAUUGGAGAAAUUCCAACUAGAGCUAAUACACCAACCUUACAUGGUAGUAUGGAAUGGAUGCGAAAAUUGGGAUUUCGUUAUCGUAGAAUACGUGAAAUCUAUAACUAUUCAAGACAUAAUGUUAGUGUACUUUUAGGUUAUCCUAAAGCAAAUCAAUGGAUUCACUUAAAAAAUAAUUUGGAUAUAUUAACUGAUCAUUGGUUAAGUAUGGCUAUAAAAGCAACAGAAAAAAUUAAUAAUCGUGAAGAUAGUGUUAAUAUAUUAGUAACAACAACACAAUUUAUACCAUCAUUAGCAAAAAUUUUACUAUAUGGAUAUGGUAAUUCAUUUCAAAUUGAAAAUAUUUAUUCUGCUACAAAAGUUGUAUUUUUGUAUACACAUUUAAUUUGAAUGGUUAGUAAAGUCAGAAGACACGUUUCAUCUUGCAUGGGCCUCAUCAACUGAGUGUAAGUAGAUACCAGUGUUGGUGUUCAUACUGAAAUCCGAAUCUAAUAUCUUCCGCUUCAAAUAUGAAUGAGGUCUCUAUUGAGUUCAGAUAGCCAUUAGAUUUGUUCAGUAAAGAGAAUUGUUUUGAACGAAUCGCAUCAAGAUUUGGAAGAAAAUGCACUUACGUAGUUAUCGGAGAUGGUAAAGAAGAAGAAGACGCUGCAAAACAGUUCCACUGGCCAUUUUGGAGAAUAAAUACUCAUUCGGAUUUAAAUGCUUUAAAUCACGCUUUGGAUUUAGGAUACUUAUAAUUUAAUAAUCUUAUGUGAAGUAUUCAUUUUUGAUUUUUGCUCUUGCAUUAUUAUUAGUAGUAGUAUAUUUCGUAUAAUAUAAAUUAAAACAACUUACGUUUUUGUUUUAGAAAAUAAAGUACCUAUCUUAAACAAAUCUAACAUGUACAUAUUUCAUCUUAGAUAUACAACAUUAUUAUUAAUUACUUGAUUCAUUUCUCAGCGUUUGUUUUGUAAUAAAUACUGAAUCUAUC